AUGCCAAUAUGUCGAGAACUUAGCAGACUUCCGAAGGCUCCCACCCGUCUCAAGUCUCUCAAUUUCAAACGCACGACUCCAGGAUCGGCGGCACCUUUGAUUACUCCCCACUUUCUCAAAGGACAUGACCAUGAGAUCUUAGACCCUACCCACCCUGCUGCGCGGAUGCCUAUUGGCCCUCGUGUCAAGUUGCUCCCGUUGAUACGCACUCCCACCUUCACAUUGCGUGCCUUCCCAAAACCUUUGUUAUUGAAACCUGAGGUGGCAUAUGAGUACCCAUUCAAACCCAAGACGUUUCAAUCCCUCGGCUCAGAGAAGGAUCAUGGGGCAAAAGUUUCGCGGAAGGCAGAUAUGUCGCUCAUCACAGUGUCGUUCAACAAGAUCAUCCAGCUGUCUGUUUUCAUGCGUAUAAAAAUCAAGCGUCGUGUCAAGACGGCCCUUAUCCUCAUCGCCACGCGCGGUGCGAAAGUACGUACGGAGGCCAAAACAGCCCGAGAGAAGGUUGAGAAAGAGGUCAUGUGUUUCGACGAGAACGAUAUCGGUGCAGAUAAGUGGAUCUUGCAAGGGUGGACAUAUGUUAUCGUGCCCACGAAUGCAAUCUUUCUCUAUCCUUGGACCAAGUUGAUUAAAGACCUGCGUGACGCUCUCAACUCCGUCAACCGUCAGGCUCAAGCUCUAGAUGGGAAAUGGGAGAAGCUCUUACCGAAGGUCACGCAGGGUUCAAUACCAGAAAGGACAUCUACCUUAUCAACUGGCGCCAGUGAAAUACUGGUCUCACCAGCACUGCAUCAGCAGUCUUCAACAGACGUUUCAUCGUCAGUCACAAUUCUGCACCUCGUCCUCGUGGCCUCCCCCUUGGCGAAGUGGAGCAAGGUUCAAAAGCUACUUUGA